GUCGAGAUAUGUAUGACAAGCACGCGCGCGUCAGAUGUAGCUCAUCGGUGAGGAGGGGAGAUCGGCUGAGUGCUGUUAAACCAUCAGAAGAUGAUGCAGAGAUGGGUGUGAGAUGUGAACUGUGUGUGAGGAUAUGUGAGUGAGUGUGUGUGUGAUAGCUGACUCAUUGUUGAGCAGCGGCAAAGUCCUUGUCUCUGGCAGCGGUCACAUGGCUGGUCGUCAGAGGUCUAGGUGAGGAAACCUGAUCCAGCAAAGGAAACGAUUCACCUGUCAGUGCUGGAGUGUGAGUUUGCUGUUGGCUUUACAGUAAGAUGUCAGCGGCAGCUUCUCUGCAGUGAGCACAUUGAGGUUAUGCUGCCUAUAAACUCCUGCUUGAGUCUCAGUGAGAAAGAGAAAGGCUAAAGCCUGUGCAGAUCCGAGCGUUGUUGAGCGUCUCCUGUGCUGCUUCACCGCAGUGUCCUGACGUCAGCCAUGAGCGACCCUGUGAUUUCAGAUGAACACACCAAUGCUGUGGCUUCAGUCGUUCACAAACCCGAGUCUGUCCGAGUGCCACAGAGGGAGGAAGAGGAGGAAGGUGACCUGAAUAAAGCAUUAGGUGUUCAACGCUUCCAGCAGAUCCUGAGCCCCACUCCCAGAGUUCGCAGCGAGCAGCACCGCUCAUACAGUGAGGAAGACUUUGAAUAUCACCGUCACUCAUCCCAUCACAUCCACCACCCUCUGUCCAAACUCCCGGGAGACGGCAGGAGGAAGAAGAGUGGGAAGAAGAGGAGACUGUGCAGCACUCAGGACCACCGAGUGUGUUUCAGCCCCAGCGGUGCUUUAGCCAUCGAGGAGGGUGAAGAUGAGGAGGAGGAGGAAGAUGAAGAAGCUACGGAGGGCCAGAGCACCACCCCAGUACCUACAAAAAACACUGUUCAGUUCUUCUUGUUCGAUGACGAGCCUCAUGUAUCCACACCCGAGACUUCAGAACCUCUUCCUGCGAGAGAAAUCCUGAUCGUCCCGUCUUCUGCUGUGUGUGCAGAGCCUCAGGACAGCACAUCCACUGAGACAUCGCACCCUGUUUCUCCGACUCCUAGCGUCACUGAAUCCAGCUCUCUUCCUCGUGUGUCGAGUCGCAGCUACGACCUUCAGGAGAGACGUCGCACGGGCAACAUGACGGGGGCCGAGCAGGCCAAAUACCAGCGGAUCCCCACUGAUGAGUUUGAGGCACAGACCCUGGCCUCGGCCGACUUGGACGGCAUUAAAAGCCAUCGUUUUGAAGAUGUUCCUGGAGUACGUCGACACCUGGUCAGGAAAAGCAUGAAGGGUCAGGUGGUUCACGUCAGCAAAGACCAAAAAGAACCCAGCACACGCAGCAGUCGCAAGCUGGACCGGACGCCACACGAGGUGUUUGUGGAGCUGAAUGAGCUGAUCAUGGAUAAAAACCAGGAGAUGCAGUGGAGAGAAACGGCUCGCUGGAUCAAGUUUGAAGAGGAUGUGGAGGAGGAGACCGACCGCUGGGGGAAACCACACGUUGCUUCGCUGUCAUUCCGCAGUCUGCUGGAGCUGAGAAAAACCAUCUCUCACGGAGCUGUGCUGUUGGACUUGGACCAGAAGACUCUCCCUGGCAUCGCCCAUCAGGUGGUGGAACAGAUGAUCAUCUCAGAUCAGAUCAAAGCCGAGGACAGAGCCAAUGUCCUCCGUGCUCUUCUACUCAAGCACAGUCACCCGAGCGAUGAGAAGGAGCACAGCUCCUCAUUCCCCAGAAACAUCUCAGCAGCCAAUCUGGGCUCUCUGAUCACCCAUCACCAGAGCAGCAGUAACCACCUGUCCCCAGUCCCCGAACUCUCCAUCACAGAGCCACUCAUGGGGUCCAGUCAAGACAGCUCACUUCACAUUGACAUUGAGAAGAACGAGAAAGAUUCUGCUCCAUCCAUAGGCAUGCACCGAUCCAAAUCCAAACAUGAACUUAAGCUUCUGGAGAAAAUUCCGGAAAAUGCUGAAGCCACUGUCGUACUUGUUGGCAGUGUUGACUUCCUGGAGCAGCCCACCAUGGCAUUUGUUCGACUUCAGGAAGCUGUAGAACUGGACUCUGUGUUGGAGGUUCCAGUUCCUGUUCGCUUUCUCUUUGUGCUGCUUGGUCCUCCCAGCAACAGCAUGGACUACCACCAGAUCGGACGCUCCAUCUCAACACUCAUGUCUGACAAGCAAUUUCAUGAAUCUGCGUACCUGGCAGAUGAUCGGCAGGACCUGCUCAAUGCCAUCAAUGGCUUUCUGGACUGCAGUAUUGUUCUGCCUCCAUCAGAACUAGGCGGUGAAGAGCUCCUGCGGUCUGUCGCUCACUUCCAAAGAGAGAUGCUGCGCAAGAGAGAGGAGCAAGAAGUGGCUUUCCUGUCCAAAGAGCCCAAGAGCCUUGAAGAGAAAGAGGCUUUGCUGGCACCCUUAAAACUAGAAGACGACCCUUUACAACGCACAGGCCGUCUGUUUGGUGGGCUGAUCCGUGACGCCCGGCGCCGUUACCCAAAGUACAUCAGUGACUUUAAGGAUGCACUGAACCCCCAGUGCAUGGCUGCUGUCAUCUUUAUUUAUUUUGCUGCUCUUUCUCCCACCAUCACAUUCGGAGGCCUUCUAGGUGAGAAGACUGAAGGCCUCAUUGGCGUGUCGGAGCUGAUUGUGGCCACUUGUGUUCAGGGUGUGUUGUUUUGUCUGCUCGGGGUUCAGCCACUUCUGGUGGUGGGCUUCUCUGGACCAAUCCUGGUGUUUGAAGAAGCUUUCUUCUCUUUCUGUAAGGGCUAUAAUAUGGAGUACCUGACAGGUCGGGUUUGGAUCGGUUUUUGGCUCAUCAUCAUCGUAGUAGUGAUGGUGGCCUUUGAGGGCAGCUUCCUGGUCCGAUUUGUCUCGCGUUUCACCCAGGAGAUCUUCUCCAUCCUCAUCUCUCUCAUCUUCAUCUACGAGACCUUCUCGAAACUGGUCAAGAUAUUCCAGGAACAUCCUCUGAGACGCUGCUCUGCUACGCUUGUUGAUGUAAACCGCUCAACAUAUAACUCAAGCAUGGAGGAAGUCACUUUAAGUCCAUUAGCAUUGAACAGCAGUAUGCCAGAGAUGGUGAAGGUGGUCGGUGAACCUAAUACUGCUCUGCUUUCCUUGGUGCUCAUGUCUGGGACCUUCUUCAUCGCCUUCUACCUCCGCAAGUUCAAAAACAGUGCCUUUUUUCCUGGCAGUCUAAGAAGAGUUAUUGGAGAUUUUGGAGUUCCUAUUGCCAUUCUUAUCAUGGUUUUGGUAGACUACAGCAUUCAAGACACGUACUCACAGAAACUGAGCGUACCCCGAGGUUUUUCAGUGACUAGUCCUGAUAAACGAGGUUGGAUAGUCAAUCCUCUGGGCUCUGAUGGUCAGUUCCCUAUCUGGAUGAUGUUUGCCAGCAUCCUUCCAGCUCUACUCGUCUUUAUUCUCAUCUUUAUGGAGACACAAAUCACAACGUUGAUAGUCAGUAAUAAAGAGCGAAUGCUGGUCAAGGGUUCAGGUUUCCAUCUGGAUCUGUUGCUCAUCGUGACUCUCGGUGGCACCAGCGCUCUGUUCGGUCUGCCAUGGAUGGCCGCGGCCACGGUCCGCUCUGUAACCCAUGCCAAUGCCCUCACCGUAAUGAGCAAAGCCGUCGCCCCAGGAGACAAACCUCGAAUCCAGGAGGUCAAGGAGCAGAGGGUGACCGGGUUACUGGUGGCAAUAUUUGUAGGUCUCUCAAUAGUAAUUGGCGAUCUGCUCCGUCAAAUCCCCAUCGCUGUGCUGUUUGGUAUCUUCCUUUAUAUGGGUGUGAUGUCACUGAAUGGAAUCCAGAUGACAGAACGGAUUCUGCUACUGCUGAUGCCCCCUAAAUACCACCCUGAUCACACCUAUGUGCGCAAGGUGCGGACCCUGCGGAUGCAUCUGUUCACUGCGAUACAGGUGAUCUGUCUUGCUGUCCUCUGGGCGGUCAUGUCUACUGUGGCAUCGCUGGCUUUCCCGUUCGUUCUCAUCAUGACCAUACCUGUUAAGAUGUUUCUUCUGCCACGCAUCUUUAGCACUCGUGAAAUGCAGUGUUUGGACGCUGAUGAUGCAGAGCCUACUUUUGACGAGAAGGAAGGACAGGACGAAUACACAGAGAUGCACAUGCCAGUCUGAUCCACGCUCGCAGCUGUCUGUCUCUUGCCUGUCUUCCUGUCAGUCAUGCUAUUGGCCAAUAGGACAGUUGCUUUUAAAACCUUGAUAAACCAAAUGGUACGGCGAGUCUCGACGUGCUGUAGAAGCAAGAAUAGUGCAUUACGUGGAUCUGAUCUCCACCCUGCAUUUCCAGAGACUCAUUUCAUGUGUAUUAGAGAGUUUGAGCUGCUAUCACGCCGUUUAGCCUUAAACAAGCGUGUUUGUCUUCUGUGAGAAACACGAAUGUACCUUAUGGGGUCAACUGAAGGUUCCUAGCACCAUUCAGGGCCCAUGCAAUAUUAUAGUAGUUUAUAGUGAGUAUUCAUGAUCAAGAAGGAUUCCCAAGGUCCAUUUCAACUUAUGCUGCAUGUGUGUCUGUGCUUUUAAUAGUUUUACUAGCUUCUCUUUUAUUUUCUGAUUUAUGACCCAGCAUAUAUUAAUUCACACAUUUGACAGUAUUUUUUUUCUUCGUUGCCAUCCGAUCAUGACUUUUUUUCCCUUUAGAAAUCUAAAGAGGUGUUUUCUCUGCUAUAAUGCAUAAGUCACACAAUACCCUAAACUCUCACAAAAACUCCAGAUGUGCAGUUUCUGUAUAUUAUAUAUACUGUAUAUGUUACAUGUAGAGCGACUGAACUUUUAGAGAAUGUAUUUUACGUUUUAGAGAAUGUAUUUGGUAGUAAAUGGUCCUGAGGGAUUUUAAGAUGCACUAGUGACCUACUUGGAGUCUGUAAACCCAUUUUAAGAAAAAGAAAAGGUGCGUCCCUACAGAUGAUCACAGAAUUGUAGUGUUCAGGGUUCUGAUUCAGUUUAUCAUGGUUUAUUUAUAAGACCUCAACAUUUUGACCUGAUAAACUGGUACUUUCUACCACAUCUACCACAAUUCUUUCCGAAAACAACAUUGAACUAACACUAAAACAGAAGCCUGUUCACCAGAUCUAAGCAAACGCACUGUAUAGAUUUUGAUUUACUUGGAUGGGAACCGUAUUAUUUAUUUAAGUUCAUGAGGGAUUUUGCCACAGAAUUCCUAAAUAAUAUCACUGUUUCUUUUUCUCAUCAUUCACAAAUACCCCACUUUCACUCAGGUGAAUCUGCACUAAUAACAUUUUGAUUCAAUACACUUCCACGAAUGGUGUGCACAAGCCAUUAGGAAUAAAAAUGACAAAUGUAACUUAUUUGGUUACGUUAAUUCAGUUAAGCAUGUUAUAUUUAUUUUAAUAGCAUUACACAUUUUUUCGGAAUGUUUUGUCGCUUUUUAUCUGUUUUUUUCACACCAUUGUGCUUUAAACUACAAAACAAGUGCUUUACAUCUUAUUUACAUUACAAAUGAUGAUUCCCGAAUCGGAUGCGUGUUAGGAUCUUUUAAUUCUAGGAAGAUAUUAUGUUAGUUUUAUAUUGCUUGAGAUCAUGUAUGCGCUAACUCAUGACAUCUGAAGAGUGAACUCAAAAAUAAACUGUGUAGACGUUAUUUUUAUUCGACUAGGAAUGGGUUUGACGUUUUAUCUCAUUAUUUGAGCGUACAACGUUAUUUAGAUGAAGAGUAUUUUUAUUAAGGCAUCCUCUUGGAAUGACAUCUUUGUCAAAAUGGAGUUAUUCACGUGUUCUGUGCCAACUUAUUAACAUUAUAUGAAAGUUUUUUUAAUGUUGUGUAAAAUUUGGGACUUUUUAUUUAAAAAACAAAAAGGUACACAGUCGAAUGGAAUGCGAAAACUUUGAAGCUCAAGAUUUCUGAACUACUCGGAAUACAGAUAGAAAUG